AUCUUUGACAGCUCAUUGAUUUCAUAGUUUUCUAAAAUUGCCUACGAAUUUUAAUCGAUCAUUUCAUUUUUUGUUUUUUUUUUUUGGUAACUUGUUAAAUAUAAAUGAUUUCUUGGUACAGUUAAUACUUUAAGACCGUUAAAACAUAAUAAUAUAAAUAGGAAAAAAUAUGCUUUCACUGGAACGUAUCCCAGAUCAAAUUGGGCAUCUAGUUUUGACAGAGGAUGGAGCUGUAUUAACGUCUGGAGGUGAACUGGAAAAUGAUGAGAGAUUUGCAAACAUUGUUAUAGGAUUAGUCACGCUAACCAAUAAAGUUGAUCCCAAAGCAUUUGCUAAUAACGAGACUUUUGAUAAAAUAUCAAUAACAUAUCCAGAUCAUUGUUAUAUUAUUUGUCUCUCAAACAAAAAGAUUCACGUAGUGAAAAAAAAAUUGAUAUCCUCAACAACUGCAGCUGUAGAACAACCUCUUAUUGAUGUAUAAAUAAAUGUCAUCCAUUCAUGUAAAAAUAAAACUGGAAUGAAACUGGAAUAUGUAAAUUUUUCCAAUAUUACUAAUGUUAAUAAAAAUAUGAUGAUAAUAAAUUUGUCUUUGUGUUA